ACUUUCGAAAAUUUGAUAUCUCUUCAUUCUGUUGUUGGCAAGCGUUGCGUCAAGUUUCUCGCCGACGUUACUCCGAUCCCAGAAUAACUCCAAAAUACUUAUCCAGACUUACCACCCACCGAAAAAUCAUCCAAAAUGCGUGAAUGUAUCUCUAUCCACGUCGGCCAAGCCGGAGUCCAAAUUGGUAAUGCCUGCUGGGAAUUGUAUUGCCUUGAGCAUGGAAUCCAGCCUGAUGGUCAGAUGCCCUCAGACAAGACCAUCGGAGGUGGCGAUGAUUCCUUCAACACUUUCUUCAGUGAGACCGGAGCUGGCAAACAUGUUCCACGUGCUGUCUUUGUUGACUUGGAGCCUACUGUUGUUGAUGAGGUUCGUACUGGAACUUACAGACAGCUUUUCCAUCCUGAGCAGCUCAUCACUGGCAAAGAAGAUGCAGCCAACAACUAUGCCCGAGGUCACUACACCAUCGGCAAGGAGAUAGUUGACCUCGUCUUGGACAGGAUCAGGAAACUGGCAGACCAAUGUACCGGUCUUCAAGGAUUCCUUAUCUUCCAUAGCUUUGGAGGUGGUACUGGUUCUGGUUUUGCCUCUCUCCUCAUGGAGCGGUUGUCUGUUGACUAUGGUAAGAAGUCCAAGCUUGAAUUUGCUAUCUACCCAGCACCCCAAGUCUCCACUGCUGUUGUUGAACCCUACAACUCCAUCCUUACCACCCACACAACUCUGGAGCAUUCUGACUGUGCCUUUAUGGUCGAUAAUGAGGCUAUCUAUGACAUCUGCAGACGCAAUCUUGACAUUGAGCGACCAACCUACACCAACCUCAACCGUCUGAUUGGUCAGAUUGUAUCUUCGAUCACUGCUUCUCUUCGAUUUGAUGGUGCCCUCAAUGUUGAUCUUACAGAGUUUCAGACCAACCUGGUGCCAUAUCCCCGCAUUCACUUCCCCUUGGUUACCUAUGCACCUGUCAUUUCUGCAGAGAAGGCUUACCAUGAGCAGCUGAGUGUGGCAGAAAUCACCAAUGCUUGCUUUGAGCCAGCCAACCAAAUGGUCAAGUGUGACCCACGCCAUGGCAAAUACAUGGCUUGUUGCAUGCUUUACCGUGGAGAUGUCGUCCCCAAGGAUGUCAACGCUGCCAUUGCAACGAUCAAGACCAAGCGCACCAUCCAGUUUGUCGACUGGUGUCCAACAGGCUUCAAAGUAGGUAUCAACUACCAGCCACCCACAGUCGUUCCUGGUGGUGAUCUUGCCAAGGUUCAGCGUGCCGUCUGCAUGUUGAGCAACACCACUGCCAUCGCAGAGGCUUGGGCUCGUCUUGAUCACAAGUUUGAUCUGAUGUAUGCCAAGCGAGCCUUCGUCCACUGGUAUGUCGGUGAGGGUAUGGAGGAAGGAGAAUUCUCUGAGGCUCGUGAGGAUCUGGCAGCUCUGGAAAAAGAUUAUGAAGAAGUAGGUGUUGACUCUGUAGAGGGAGAGGCAGAGGAGGAAGGAGAGGAAUACUAGAUGGCUCCAAUCAACAACACACCUUGAACUUAAUUUAGCUUGAUAAAAAAAGACGAAGUAUGUAGUACAAUUGCAUAAAUGGACUGAAUUUACUUGAAAAAUGCUUUUUCAGUGGCAAGUUACGUAACUAUUUUGGUAGGUUUUCUUGGAAAGUGAAAAAUUUGAGGUUUUUCUCUUUAUCUCAUGAUCUUUAAUUUCACUCCUAAUUAAUUGAUGGAAAAAAUGAACAAAAAUCUGGAACCUGAUGAUUUUAGAAAUAAUUAAAGGAGGAUAUUAACCUUUCUGAAUCAAUCUGAAUAGUUUCUUUGUGCAUUGUGUCUUUUUAAUUGGUUAAAGAAUAUCAAUUCAUGAAUUUCAUAAUACAUGUGCCACCAACUUUCAUUAUCAAAAAGGCUUACUUUUCAACUUUCCUAGAUAAUAUUUGUCCCAAGUGAGAAGUGAAAUACUAAGAAAUAUAAAGCUGAAUGUGAAUUCUGAGUGCAGGGAAGAUUAAUGAUAGAUUGCUAUAACAUCAUGAUUAAUACAGUAACUUCUCAAUAAGGGUGCGACUUGUGUGCAUGUAUUAUGAAAUGUAAAAAUUUGUUUUUUUAAUAUGUUUUUUUCUGUCUAAUGCUGGCCUGAGAAUGAUUGAAUGUUCUGUUGGGGCAAUAGAACCCCUCAAAUCAAAAUAUAUAAUUAAAUGCUUGUAAGGAGAUUAUAGUGAAACG